AGGAUGAAAGCUUCCAUAGAUGUCUUUUCUUGAAUUCUACCCACCAACAUAACAUUUGCAUUUGCAAUCCCCAUUUUCCCCAUCCCCUCAAUAAACCCUUCUCUUCCUUCCUCCCCCACGGAACCAAGCCCUGCUCCUCUCCUCUCCCCCGGCGCCGAUCACCGGGAUCGCCUGGCUCCUCCUCCUCCGCGGCCAUACACACACCACCGCGCGCCCUGCAACACGAACAAAGGAGGCAGGCAAUUCAAUCCAGUGGAGCACUGCUACUCUUCUGGGCGUGAUUCUUCGCGAUCAGGACGGCACACAGAUCCUCCUCCAACCAUGGGGUUUGGGUUGGGUGGGGAACUGGGGAUGAGGGUUUUCCGUACACCGAACACAAACCACCCAAGCUCGCGGACCGCAAUGCUGCAGGAUCUAAUCACGUUCGCGGCCGGUCUCGUGCGUCCGUCGUACCCUUCUCCUGCCUGCCGCGCAAUGGUCAAGAAAAAAUCUUCAUGGAGCCAGGUUGUGACUGGAAGGCCAACAAACCUCUUUGCUUCUGCAAGGAAUCUCCACCCGCAGGAUCUUGGAGCUGUAAUAUUUGGUUGCACAAACAGUACUAUAGCUGAAUGCCAUUCACGCCAACUUUUCGGCUUGCCAAGAGCACAUCUCUCAUAUGUCCAAAACAUCACGGAAGGGCUACCUCUGUUCCUGUUCAAUUAUGAUGAUCGCAAGUUGCAUGGCAUUUAUGAAGCUGCAAGCAAUGGCAAAUUCUGUCCUGAAUCAAAUGCAUGGACAUAUAAUGGCAGUGAAAAGACAAGCUAUCCUGCUCAGGUUGCAAUGCGGGUAAGGAUGUGGUGUAUUCCACUAGAAGAGAGUAAAUUCAGGAAUGCUAUUAUAGGAAAUUACUACCAGAAGAUGCCUGCUGUCCCUGGCCAGAAGCCUCACUUCUUCCGAUUUGAAUUGGAUCACACACAAACACGUGCUUUGAUGGUUAUGUUUACUCCUUCGCCUUCUCCCAUCAAGUUCUGGACGCCUCCUGUGGCACAACUAGCACAGACUGGUAGUGAGCAUCUGAGAGAACCAACACCACCUCCCGUGUGGGCACAAAAAACUGAGGGGAAUAAUGAGCUCAAAUCAGAAAAGGUUUUAGUGUCAUAUGCAGAUAUGGUAAAGCAGAACAAGCUUGAGUCUGAGGGAGUUGGAAUGGGAGAUGUGGACGAUCAGCGGAACAAUGAUCUCAAACCAAAAAAAGUUUUAUUGUCAUACGCAGAUAUGGUAAAGCAGAGAAAGUUUGAGGUUCAUGGAAUUGGAAUGGGAGAUGUGGACGAUGAGCAUGCCAGCUCAAGCAAAGAAUCUUCUGAUGGUUUUGAUGAUCUGGAUUGCAAAGAGACACCACCAGAGCGUGAGGAUCAUGCGCUGUCCAGUGAGGCAGUUGAAGUGCAACAACAAUCUAUCCAGGAAGGCAAUGGGCUUAGCUUCACAUUGGUAUUACAGAAGCUCAAGGCUUUAUCUGUCCAGCAGCUGAGUUCUGAUCCGUAUGCCUAUGGAGCUGGAACUGAGCACAUUGAUGCAUAUGGCUGUAAGGACAUGCAAGAAAUCAAAGAUGUAUUUAUCGAGGGGCACUCUAGUUUGCCGGAAAACUUAGAUACCGACAUCGAUCAACUUUCCUGGGGGCAUUCCAGUUCGCUCCUACAAGGAUUGGACUAUGAAUCCUAUUCAGAAGCUAAGUUGAUAGAUGUGGUUAAAGAGCUAUCAGAACGUAUAGAGGCUACGGAGAAGAAACAGGCUUGUUCCAACAAAGAAAUCAAAUACCUGCAAGGAGUGAAUGACAGGUUAUUGAAAAGAGUUGCUGAUCUUAAGGACACAGUGAAAAAUCUGAAUUCAAAAAUAGAUCCUUUAUCCCUAGAUGAUUCACUAAACCAGUUCGUUGAAGAAUGUUUGGGUUCAGAAGAUGUCAUUUAUCUCACUGGUGGUUUUGAUGGCAUUUCAUUUUUGUCAUCAUUAGACUCCUUCUCACCCUCUUUGGACAUACUAACACCUCUGAAACCAAUGACUGUUGGGAAGUCCUAUGCCUCUACUGUUGCAUUAGAUGGUAAAAUAUUUGUUCUUGGUGGUGGUGAUGGCGCUUGCUGGUUUGAUACAGUUGAUUGUUAUGACCGAAGGCAUGAUGAUUGGACCCCAUGCCCCGCACUGACUCAUGAAAAGGGGAGCCUCGCUGGAGUUUGUUUGUAUGGGAAAAUUUAUGCAUUUGGCGGUGGAGAUGGCAUUGGUUGUUUCUCUGACGUUGAGAUGUUUGAUCCUGCUCAGGGAAAAUGGAUAAAGUGUCAGCCUAUGCUGGAAAAGCGCUUUGCUCUAGCUGGUGCAGAACUUAACGGUGCAAUUUAUGCAGUUGGUGGCUUCAAUGGUAUUCAAUAUCUGAGCUCUGGUGAGAGACUUGAUCCUAGGGAGCCUAAUUGGAACAUGCUCCCAAUGAUGAGUACAGGAAGAGGUUGCCAUACAGUGGCAGUGCUUGAUGAGAAAAUAUACUCAAUUGGUGGUUAUGAUGCUAAUGCUGGAGCGAUGGUGGCCACCGUUGAGUUCUUCGAGCCAAGAAUGCCGUCAUGGGUGAUGGUUGAGCCAAUGAACUACACCAGAGGGUAUCAUUCUUCAGCUGUGCUUGGUGGCUCGAUAUUCACGUUCGGUGGGGUCAAAGGUGAAGCAGAUACAAUCUUGGAUGUGGUGGAACGCUACAAGGAAGGCUGCGGUUGGGUGAACACCGGGAUGAAGUCGAUCGGCAGGAGAUGCUACUGUUCCGCCAUUGUUCUCUGACUGACUGGUGGCUUCCUCCAGUCUCCAUUGACACCCUGAACUUACUAUCUACUACCGUACCUAGCAUCGGAUGCUGCUGACGAGUACCAACAAAACAAACUGUCAAGACCUUGCAGACGUCUUCUUUUGUCUGAAAAUGAGAUGAGAAGCAUGUGCCUCCUAUGUCGAGAAACCACCAACAAUGUUUCCUGUUAUUUUUUUAUUUUGUUUUUAUGGAUCUGGAUUAACAUUGCAUCAACAUCUGAUUGAUUCGAAACCGAACCGAACUGAAAAACGCGAGACUUUACAUGGGUUGCGGAUUUGAA